AUGGUCAUCUUGGAAAGCAAGAGUAAAGCAUAUAAAAGUGCAAAGGUGGCAUGCUUGCUAGAAAGCUAUUUAGCAAGGGAGUCACCUUCAAGGCUUGGUGCCUUUAUUAAGUCACUGGAAAAGGACAGAGACUGCUAUAAAUGUGAGACUGAGAAUUUGUUGAAGGUAUUAAGAAACACGUUCUCAUGUCCUAAGUGAAUCUCUACUUUAAAAAAAUCAUCCUUCCAGGCACAGAAGGAAAUAUCCCAGCUUUGUCAGGAAGUUAUAAAAUGCCCCAGGACUCCUAAAAGCACUGUGACACCUCAAGCUGUAUUAAGACACAUGGAGAUACAAAAGGAUACAGCACUGUCAGAUUUCCAAAGGAUGCCUAGGGAACGUAAUAGCCUCUGGGAGCAGUUACAGAUUUCCCAAGAAACUGCAUUUAAUGAAAAGGCUCAUUUGGAACAGAGAAUUGAAGAGCUUGAAACUACUAUUCACAAUUUAGAUGGUGAACAGUUAGAACAGAUGUCCAAAGUGGCACUAGUGUUAGACACCAUUGAUUCUCUGGAAAUUGAGAUGAAAAGAUUUACAAGAAAAGUACUGGAUUCUGAAACUGAGCUGAAUUGACAGGAAGCUGAAUAUGCUUCUCUUAGUUUAUUGAAUGAAAAGACAGAACUGAAUCUUUCAGAGAUUCAGUGAAGCCUUGUGAAGAGAACACUUGAAAUGUAGCUUAGUCAAGAGAAAUGGAAUAUGUUCUUCCAGAACUAUGGCUAUAACUUUUCAAGAUAAAGUCCUGUACAGCAAGGGGAGAUCUGUACUUUGAAAAAAACAAUUGCACAACUUAAGUCAUCUUUGCAAGACUGUGUGGAAGAAGGAAAAGAGAGGAUUGCUACUUUUCAGGAAAGCCUGGCAAUUAAAUACAAAAUUAUUUCAGAUUUCAAGAUCCUGAUUUCAGAGUUGGAGCAUUCCACAGAAGAAUCAGUUGAAGAAGUCUCUAUCUGUGAGAAUGGUAUCACCAGUUUGCAUCAACAGCUGCAAGAAACCAACAAAGCUCAGAAUAACAAGAACAGAGAAUCAUUAUCUUAGGAGAAUGACAGAGUACAAGAGCAUCUUUCUAACAUUAAGCAAGAAAUUCAGGUACUGUAUAAAAAAUCAGCAAAGUACCAAACUGAGCUUGAUGAUAUGAAGUUGAGAGCCCAGGAUUCAAACUGAGAUAUUUUCAGGCUGAAGCAUGUGUUGAAGUCUAAAUGGAAAGAGAGAGAGAACUGCAAGCUCUUGGAGAAUUAUCACAAAACCCAUGAACAAGGAGGAAGUUGGGAAGAAAAAUGCCAUGAAGCAGACAGAAUUUUCCUGUUAGACUGGCACUGAUCAGUGCAGUCUGAGAGCCACAGUUGGAAAGGGAAAAUAGAGUCCCUUGAAACACAGAUGCAGCAACAUUUAACAACAGAAGCAACAUGCAAGUCUCCUAUUUCUGCCUUAAACAACUCUCUUGUGAAAAUGGGCCAAGGGGCUCAAAACAUACAUUAGGAGAGAGUCACUGUACUUGCAAAUGUCACAUCUACACCAGAAUUUUGCAUUAAACUAGGCAAAAAACUAUUAAGUUAACAUUUAAUUUCCACAGCAGAGAAGGUAGAAAGGCUGCAGAACAAGUAUGAGUCAAACCAUUCUGAAACAGAACUCCUGAGAAAACAACUGGAAAAUGAAAAAGCAUCUAUGAAAAACCUGGAAUCUUUGCUUGGGUCCAAUUGUGAGAACGAAUUUUGGUCACAGAGACCAAAGCAAGAGAAAGACUCUGAAAUUCAGGUUUUCAAGGAACAGCUUGCUUUAGCAGAAAAUAAUCUUGCUGUGCAGAAUCAAGAUUUUACUCACCUCAGAAACAGAGCAGCUCAGUUAGCGUCAGAACUGGAUAUCACCAAAACACAGCUGGGGACUGAGUGCUUUGAUAGUCAGUUUGUCCAGCCUUCCUUUCUCACCACUUGCAUAGAAGCUAAGCUUGAAACAUCCCAUUUGAAGAUCCAAGGGACUACCGUUCACAGAUGCAAGCAGCUUCAGCUAAAGCCUUUCACCCUGAUACCAGCGCAAGGAUCCUGGCUGAAGCUACGUGCUGCAAUUACCCCGCCACCUCCAACACUCGCUCGAGAAAAUAACCUGGAGAUGGCUCGUCGCUACCUUAAACCACUUAGAGUAGGCGAAGGGCGAAAGAAAAGCCGAGGCAGAAAGUUGCAGCGGUGA